ACCUAACAACCUAUAACUACCUUAUCAAAUUCAAGCUAGGGUUUCUGCUCUGUGUCUGCAACGCACAUAAGCUAUUCGUCGAAACGCGCACCAUUUCCCAGGGGCUUUGAUUUGUAGCUUUCACGUUUUUGAGGCUUUUGUGCUUUAGGAUAACUAUGCCUCCGAGAGCGAGGAAGACGGCAGCCGGAACGGGCGCGAAAAGAGGCGGUCGCCCCAUUCGCGGGGCGUCCAGGGUCCAGCCCCUCCCUGCCGAGGAGCCGUUGAAGACUGUGAAGGUCGAAGAAGAGGAGAAACCCUCGCCGGCGGCCAAAUUGGAGCCGAAGGUUGAGGAAAAGCCACUAGCUGUUAAGGAGAAAUCCGUGACGCCGCCGAAAAUUGAACCAGAGCUGGAGAAACGUGAGGUUGAGAAGAAACAUGAGAACCGGUCUGGUCCUGGUAAGAAAGAUGAAGUUAAAGAGUCAGUUGAUGAAUAUGAAAAGGAUGAAAGGUUAGAUUUGGAGGACAACGAACCUGAGUAUGAAACUGAAGAGUAUACUGCUGUAGAUUAUGAUGAAAGGGGAACUGAUCAGGAGGAUAUAGAGGAAGAGUGUGUUGAAGUUGUGGAAGAAAUUGAGGAGGGUGAUUUUGGUGAAGAGGAAGAUGGUAAUAUGGGUGAGGAGGAAGUUGAAGAUGUCCAUGAGGAUGUUGAGGUUGAAGAAGAUAAUGACCACCAUGCUGAGAUGGUUGAUGCAGCUGAGGAGGAAGAACAUCAUGAACUUGUGAAGGAAAGGAUGAAGCGCAAGGAGUUUGAAAUUUUUGUAGGUGGCUUAGACAAGGAUGCUACUGAGGAUGAUCUUAAAAAGGUCUUUAGUCAAGUUGGUGAAGUUACUGAAGUGAGGCUUAUGAUGAAUCCUCAGACCAAGAAGAACAAAGGAUUUGCAUUUUUGCGUUUUGCAACAGUGGAACAAGCCAGGCGAGCUUGUAAAGAAAUGAAACAUCCAGUGGUUAAUGGGAAAGAAUGUGGUGUCACACCAAGUCAAGACAGUGAUACCCUGUUUUUGGGUAACAUAUGCAAGACAUGGACAGAGAAAGCUUUGAAGGACAAGUUGAAGCACUAUGGUGUUGAGAAUAUUAAUGAUUUGACAUUAGUUGAGGACACAAAUAAUGUUGGGAUGAAUCGAGGCUUUGCAUUCUUGGAGUUCUCCUCGCGCUCAGAUGCCAUGGAUGCAUUUAAGUGUCUGCAGAAGCGAAAUGUUGUUUUUGGAGUUGACAAGCCUGCCAAGGUUUCAUUUUCAGAUUCAUUCAUUGAUCCAGGUGAUAAAAUCAUGGCACAGGUCAAGACAGUGUUCGUGGAUGGCCUUUCUGCAUCUUGGGAUGAGAAUCAUGUCCACAACCUUCUUAAAAAAUAUGGGAAGAUUGAAAAAAUUGAGCUUGCUUGUAACAUGCCAUCUGCCAAGAGAAAGGAUUUUGGAUUUGUUACUUUUGACUCCCAUGAUGCUGCAGUCACUUGUGCUAAAAUGAUUAACAAUGAGGAGCUAGGUGAAGGAGAUAAUAAGGCGAAGGUUAGGGCGAGAUUGUCGAGACCACUUUCAAGGGCCAGGGGAAAGUAUGGUGGCCGGGGUGAUGUCCGACAUAGGCAUGGACCAGUAAGAGUUCCCAGGGCCCCAUGGGGUCGUCCAGUCCCACCUAGUCUUCCUGUGCGUGGACCAAGAACUGGUAUGCGUGCGCAACCUGUGGUUGAUCGUAGUUUCAGACGACCUGUUGGAUAUAGAGAUUCUCGACCAGUCAUGUCUAUACCACCUCGGAGCAGACCAGUGGCUCCUCCUUUGGCUCGAAGGUCCUAUGACAGGAGACAGCCUGCUCCUGCAUAUCCAAAAAAUAGUUUUAAAAGGGACUAUGAGCGGCGUGAAGAGCUUGCUCCUCCUAGAAGCAGAGAUUCAACAGCCUAUGCUCAUAGACUGUCUUCCGAUAAGCGCACAUUGUAUAGAGAGGAAUAUUCUUCCCGUGGGCCUGGCUAUCCCGAUUUGCCAAUAGAAACAUCUCGAACUUCAGCAAGAAGAGCUUAUGUUGAUGAUAACUAUGGCCCUAUGAUUGAAAGACAACCUCCAGCUUACUACCGUGAGGGACGUGGUCAUGAAUAUGAGUCUAUAUCUGGCUCAAAACGUUCAUAUUCUGCACUUGACGAUGUUCCUCCUCGAUACGAUGAUCCAGGAGUGCGCCAUUCCCGUGCACGUUUGAGUUAUGACGUUGCAGGGGGCAAUGCUUCUCAAUAUGGGGAUGCCUAUGGUGACAGCAGAUUUGGGAGGUCUAGUCUUGGAUAUAGUGGCAGCAGAAGUAGUAUAUCUAGUCAGGAUUCACGCGGGCUGUAUAAUAGUCGCCAUGGUAUGGGCUAUGGUGGAGGCUCCUAUAGUCGUAGUGACGCUGGUGGGGUGUACUCAUCAUCAGGGUAUGGUGGUAAUUACGUGUCUCGUGGUGGUGAUGUCGGUGGGAGUUCCUAUUCAUCACUUUAUUCUAGUCGUGGCAUGGGCAGUAGUGGUUAUAUGGGGAGUGGUGGGUCUGGAUCUUAUUAUUGAGGUAAGUUACUAGAUGAAGACUUCCCUGCCCCCCUUCCACCAAAAAGUAAACGAACUAGAAGAAGGGCAGUUUUGUCAUAGUUUUUGCUCGAACGGAAUAUGAUUGUUUAAAGUUAUAGCUCGUGCUUCUUCUCAAGGUCCUGUCGAUAAGGACAGGAUGAUCAUGAUGGUUACAUACCAAUUAGUGUAUGGUAUGGACUUGAUUUGUUGAAGGCUGCCCAUUGUGAUGCUUAUUGAGAUGGAAGUAUAACAAACAAGUAAAGGGUCUUUGUGGUUUGAGGGAGAAGAUGCUUUUUAUAUCCAAUCAUUUGAUGCAAGAGGAAUAUGCUGAGAUCAGUUUAAAUCAUAGAUGUAAUGACAGUUUAGUUUCCUAGUGAUAGGAACUGUUUACUAAAUUAUAUUUAUUUCAAUUAUUUUUUUUAUUGGUAUAUAUUUAUUUUUUCUAACACUCUUGGUUGAGCUUGUUGCACAUAGUCUUAAUGUGUACUCUCAAGUAAUGUAAGUUUUUUUUUAGUCACCAUGAGAAA